GUUUUUUGUUACAAGAGGAAGCAAGGAAACUAAGCUAACUCAACUCAUCAAGGCAUAAAACCUCAAUGGCGAAGGAUGGUAGUAGCCUCCACACAUUGCGUUGUGCCCCUGUCCACGACGCCGGUUGAGCAAGACAAUCAACAUGGUCGUUGUUCUCCCUCGGCGCCAAUUCAACCACAACAUUCCACUCCCAACUCCCAAGCAAGCAUAACACGGACCCUUUCAAUUAUAUCACUAAAUUUGUUUAAUAAUUAUCUCAAAUUAUUACUAAGCAUUUUAUGCAUAACUAUUAACAGGAGUUGCCGACGGCCACCAGAACCUCGUUGCGGUCGGAACAGUGUGUUACGGCGGUCGAAUUGCGGUCAGAUGCGGAUGCGGAGGGCGCAAUAUUGCGGCCGCAACACGUGUUGCGGCCUGCUCUGUUUUCGGUACAUAUAGCACCGCUCUUUUGGUGAGAACAACAUCGUUGGAAUCCGAUCGAUCGUGAUGUAUCAGUGGAGGAAGUUCGAGUUCUUUGAGGAGAAGUACGCUUCGAAAUGCGUGAUUCCCGAGGAUGAUCAUGAUCAUGAUGUCGAUGUGAAGAACGAGGGGAAGAAGAUCGAUUGCUGUUCUAGCGGCAGGGGCAAGGUGGUGACUGGUUUUGAUGACGGCACCGUUUGCUUGUUCGAUCGAGGACUUAAGUUCAAUUACGCUUUUCAACCUCACUCAUCGUCUGUUCUUUUUCUUCAGCAGCUCAAGCAACGGAACUUUCUGGUAACUAUUGGGGAAGAUGAACAGCUUACCCCUCAGAAUUCAGCUUUGUGCCUGAAGGUUUUUGACCUUGAUAAGAUGCAGUCUGAAAGUUCAAGCACGGCGAGUCCUGAUUGUGUUGGGAUAUUGCGUAUAUUCACUAAUCAGUUUCCUGAAGCACAGAUUACAUCCUUUUUAGUCUUAGAAGAAGUGCCACCUAUACUACUCAUAGCUAUUGGCUUAGACAAUGGCGCUAUUUAUUGUAUAAAAGGAGACAUUGCACGGGAGCGUAUCACCCGUUUUAAGCUUCAGGUGGAAAACCAUUCAGACAAAACUCUUUCCUCUAUCACUGGUCUUGGGUUUAAGGUGGAUGGCCAAUCUCUCCAGUUGUUUGCUGUAACUCCAAGUUCAGUGAGCUUGUUCUCAUUGCAUGAUCAGCCACCAAGAAGGCAAACCCUUGAUCAGAUUGGAAGUGGUCUAAACAGUGUUGCAAUGAGUGACCGCUCUGAGUUGAUAAUUGGUCGACCAGAGGCAGUAUAUUUUUAUGAAGUUGAUGGGCGUGGUCCUUGUUGGGCUUUUGAAGGAGAAAAAAAAUUGCUAGGGUGGUUUCGUGGAUACCUUUUGUGUGUUAUUGCAGAUCAAAGAACAGGAAAGCAUACUUUCAACAUCUAUGAUCUGAAAAAUCGUUUAAUAGCCCACAGUGUGUUGGUUAAAGAAGUUUCUCAUAUGCUCUAUGAAUGGGGUAACAUUAUACUCAUUAUGACUGACAAGUCAGCUCUAUGUAUUGGGGAAAAAGAUAUGGAAAGCAAGUUAGACAUGCUAUUCAAGAAAAACCUAUAUACUGUAGCAAUUAAUAUUGUUCAAACUCAACAAGCAGAUGCUGCAGCCACCGCUGAAGUGCUAAGAAAAUAUGGGGAUCAUCUGUAUAGCAAGCAAGACUAUGAUGAGGCAAUGGCCCAGUACAUACAUACUAUUGGUCACCUUGAACCUUCUUAUGUGAUUCAGAAGUUUCUGGAUGCUCAAAGAAUCUACAACCUCACAAAUUACUUGGAAAAGCUACAUGAGAAGGGUCUUGCUUCUAAAGAUCACACCACACUUCUAUUAAACUGUUAUACCAAAUUGAAAGAUGUUGAAAAGUUAAAUCUGUUCAUUAAAAGCGAAGAUAGCAUUGGGGAACUUAAGUUUGAUGUGGAAACAGCAAUCAGGGUUUGUCGCGCUGCCAAUUACCAUGAGCAUGCAAUGUAUGUCGCAAAGAAGGCUGGGAGGCAUGAAUGGUACUUGAAGAUCUUGCUUGAAGAUCUUGGUAGAUAUGAAGAGGCCUUGGAAUAUAUUUCUAGUCUUGAAUCAAGUCAGGCAGGGAUGACAAUAAAGGAGUAUGGUAAAAUUCUAAUAGAGCACAUGCCAGUGGAGACAAUUCAAAUUCUCAUAAGGCUUUGCACGGAGGAUGGCGACAGAAGAGGACACUCAAAUGGUUUGUAUGUGUCUAUGUUGCCGUCUCCUGUUGAUUUUCUUAGCAUUUUUGUCCAUCAUCCUCAGUCUCUUAUGGAAUUUCUUGAGGAAUAUACCAAUAAGGUCAAGGACUCACCUGCUCAAGUGGAGAUUAACAAUACCCUUUUAGAGUUGUAUAUAUCCAAUGAAUUGAACUUUCCUUCAGUAUCACAAGUUAAUGAAGGUGGAGGUUACCUUAGUGGAGCAUCUGCAAAAUCCAUGAAUUUAAGUGCUCAGUCCAAUAGCUCGCUUGCGGGUCACAAAAGUUCAGAAGAGGAAAAGGUCCGGUUUCAAAGGCGUGAAAAGGGACUGUGCAUGCUUAAGAGUGCAUGGCCUCCAGAGGCGGAACAUCCACUUUAUGAUGUUGAUUUAGCUAUUAUAUUAUGUGAAAUGAAUGCGUUCAGAGAAGGGCUUAUGUAUUUGUAUGAAAAGAUGAAACUCUAUAAAGAAGUGAUUGCUUGCUAUAUGCAGUCACGUGACCAUGAAGGGUUAAUUGCAUGUUGCAAAAGAUUGGGCGAUUCAGUUAAAGGAGGGGAUCCAUCUCUUUGGGCUGAUCUACUUAAAUAUUUUGGCGAGCUUGGAGAAGAUUGCUCCAAAGAAGUAAAAGAAGUUUUGAAUUACAUUGAGAGGGAUGAUAUCUUGCCCCCCAUAGUUGUCCUUCAAACUCUAUCCAGAAAUCCAUUCCUCACACUUUCUGUGGUCAAGGAUUACAUUGCACGGAAACUUGAGCAGGAAUCUAAGAUGAUCGAGGAGGACAGACAUGCUAUUGACAAAUAUCAGGAUGAUACACUGGCAAUGAGAAAAGAGAUUCAAGAUCUGAGAACAAAUGCUAGAAUUUUUCAGCUUAGCAAAUGCACUGCAUGCACUUUCACCCUUGAUCUGCCUGCUGUGCACUUCAUGUGCAUGCACUCAUUCCAUUUGCGCUGCCUUGGCGAUAAUGAAAAAGAAUGCCCUGAGUGUGCCCCUGAAUAUAGGUCUGUCUUAGAAAUGAAGAGAAACUUAGAACAAAAUUCUAAGGACCAGGACAGGUUUUUUCAUCAAGUUAAAAACUCUAAAGACGGGUUUUCUGUCAUUGCCGAAUAUUUCGGGAAAGGGAUCAUCAGCAAAACAAGUAAUGGGUCCACUUCUGUUCUCAGAUCUGGAAGUGCACCAUCCAGCAGUGGCUUCGGAGGUUAACUGUUUUGUGCUACUUCCUUUCAGCUUUUUUCUCCAUACAAUACUGAACAAGCUGGGAUCUGGAUAUAGGAUGAAAUUUACUAUUUUUUGGGCUGAGGCUUCUCCAUUUCUUCUCGUUGUCCCGCCUCCAUAUCCUAGUGUCCAAGCUUCAAAUUUUGCAUACUGUGUUAUAUUUUAUUGAGGACUGGCUCAUUCAUCAAGGACCUGAGUUGUCUUGCCAUUAUGCCUCUGGUAGUAUGGAUCUGAACAGAAGAAUUUCUUGACAGGCUUUCCUUGAUGGAAAUAUUGGACAAAUAUUUAGGGCAAUGCGAGGUUUAUUAGGUAUGAAUGCAGGUGAUACUUUCUUUCUGAGUUUUCAUUGUGUAAAAAUAAGACGGAUUGAAGUCAUGCAGAUGAGUUAUUUUGUUUUAAAUUUUUGUGAAGCUCAUGGGAAAUAGUAACUUUAAGUUAUGUCUUUUUUAGCCUGUUGCUAUUGAUUUUUGUGGAUUUGAUAUCCAAUUUGUUAUUUUCUUAUUUUGUUAUAAGUUCCAUUAUUUUCUUCUUUU